CUUCAUGAAUCUGUUCACUGAAGACUCAGAUUUUCUAAUAACUAAUUUAAUAAAGUGCACAAAGUGGUCCAGGUGAGAUUUAUUAGCUGAUUUCAGCUUCAAUCUGGGUGUGGAAGGAUUUAAUCUGAAGCUAAUCUUCAGUUGGUCACACCCAGCUGCUUGGACCUGCAGACAUGACAUAACAAGAACCUGUUCCUGUUUUUUUUCUAAAGUCUGGGUGUGGCCUGUGAGUGGGCGGGGCAUCUCCUGCUUCCAGUAAACUCUCAGGUGUGUCUCCGGCUCGUUGGAUUAACGAGUGUUUCUCAUUAACAGACAUGGAUGACGAUAUCUCUGCCCUGGUUGUUGAUAAUGGAUCUGGUAUGUGCAAGGCUGGAUUUGCCGGGGACGAUGCUCCUCGUGCCGUCUUCCCGUCCAUUGUUGGACGCCCCAGACACCAGGGUGUGAUGGUCGGUAUGGGACAGAAGGACAGCUAUGUGGGAGACGAGGCCCAGAGCAAGAGGGGUAUCCUGACCCUGAAGUACCCCAUCGAGCACGGCAUCGUCACCAACUGGGACGACAUGGAGAAGAUCUGGCACCACACCUUCUACAACGAGCUGCGUGUUGCUCCAGAAGAACAUCCCGUCCUGCUGACUGAAGCUCCCCUCAACCCUAAAGCCAACAGGGAGAAGAUGACCCAGAUCAUGUUCGAGACCUUCAACUCUCCUGCCAUGUAUGUGGCCAUCCAGGCUGUGCUGUCCCUGUACGCCUCCGGUCGUACCACAGGUAUCGUGAUGGACUCCGGAGACGGUGUGAGCCACACUGUGCCCAUCUACGAGGGUUACGCCCUGCCCCACGCCAUCCUCCGUCUGGAUCUUGCCGGCAGAGACCUGACGGACUACCUGAUGAAGAUCCUGACGGAGAGGGGCUACAGCUUCACCACCACAGCUGAGCGUGAGAUCGUGCGUGACAUCAAGGAGAAACUGUGCUACGUGGCGCUGGACUUCGACCAGGAGAUGCAGACCGCAGCCUCCUCUUCCUCACUGGAGAAGAGCUACGAGCUUCCUGACGGACAGGUCAUCACCAUCGGCAACGAGAGGUUCCGCUGUCCCGAGGCGCUCUUCCAGCCGUCGUUCAUCGGGAUGGAGUCUGCUGGGAUCCAUGAGACCACCUACAACAGCAUCAUGAAGUGUGAUGUGGACAUCCGUAAAGACCUGUACGCCAACACGGUUCUGUCUGGAGGAACCACCAUGUACCCUGGAAUCGCUGACCGCAUGCAGAAGGAGAUCACCGGCCUGGCCCCGCCCACCAUGAAGAUCAAGAUCAUCGCUCCUCCAGAGAGGAAGUACUCAGUCUGGAUCGGAGGCUCCAUCCUGGCCUCCCUGUCCACCUUCCAGCAGAUGUGGAUCAGCAAACAGGAGUACGAUGAGUCCGGUCCCGCCAUCGUCCACAGGAAGUGCUUCUAAGCUGCACCCCCCCACUCCCCCUGGUGGUCAAAGUGCUUUAAUCUGCUCAUCAGCUGAGAUGAGGUGUAGUUUGUCUUGUGUGAACAGACUGAAACAUAACUCAAGAUUAUCUGCACGGAUUUCAACCUUCAACCUGUGAGUUUAUCGAGUCCAGAUGUUCAGGAGGAGCUGAACAGUUUCUGCUCGUCAGGCUUGUUGUAACUUAAAGCAUGAAACCACUGUUCAUCCUGAGGAAAAUAAAAACUUUUGUUUACAGCUGA